GCCAUGUCAUCAACCCACCUCGGCGUGUUAUUCCUAGCCGCACCCAAGCUAUCCGCCUGUUUGUCCACGGUGCUGUAGCGGCCCAGUUGGUAAACAGCCGUCUUCCCACACUGCAUCUUCCAAUCCUGCGUCUUUAAGCAGCAGCAGCAGCAGCAGCAGCAAGCAGCAGCAUAGCUCUUUCGAAACGGGCCGCGGUAGUCUAAUGUCGUCCACCCAAUCCAUCGGAUCGAGUCGUUAGGCUCUUCUGCAUGUGAAGCUCUGCCGUGGGCAUCCCCAAUAUCUGCAGCUCGAACAAGAGUUGCAAACAGUGUUUACAUCCUGCCUCUUCUGCCUCUCCUGCCUCACGCCCCAGAGGUCCCAGAGGUCUCAGAGGUCCCAGAGGUCUCAGAGGUCUCACCGCAGCCAGCCAUGGCGCGAAACAUCCUGAUCCGGCACCUGCCAAUCGCGCAGUCCACGACCACUUUCCAAGCCAUCAGCUACCUGCUUGGUGUCGCCCUCUUCUCCAUCUCUUUCCUUGUCUUCUUGAACAGCAGUAUUUCCUUUGUCCUCACUGACCUGCUCCACGUCGACCAUGGCGUCGGGGACAUCGUUGGCACCUUGGGCUUCGUCGAUGAGAUAGUCGCCCUGGUCGCGUGCCCCGUCUGGGGCCUGGUCUCGGACCGCUUGGGUGUUCGGUUUGUCGCCAUGGUUGGCUAUGCCAUCAUCGGUCUCGCCCUGUUUCUGUUUGUGCAGACAUCCAAUGUCUAUCCCCAGCUCCUCCUGGCGAGGAUCUUCUUCGCCCUUGGGGCAACAGCUACGGCCACCAUGGUGACCGCUACUCUUCCCUGUCUUACCGACGAUUCCGACUCCCCUCGGGACGACGAGAACGGGACAGAGUCAGCCCAGCCCUUCCUCCGCCCAUCCCACAACAACCGCGACAGUGUCACCCUCUCUGUCGAGUCCGAUCUCACCAUCACCCCCGAGCGCUACACACGGCCCGGAUCCAACGGAGACGCCUCCAACGACCCGCAGUGCACCGUCGACCCCGCGCAGGGAAGGCCCUCCAUCCUCGCCGGCUAUGUCGGACUCUUCACUGGCCUCGGCGCCUUGGUUUCCCUUCUAGUCUUCCUUCCUCUUCCUGCCCAGUUCAGCAAGAUCGAGGGCGUCGAGAUCGGCGAGGCCGUGCAGUAUGCCUACUACGUUGUGGGCGCCAUUGCCAUUCUCGUGGCCUCCUUCGUCUACAUUGGCCUUCGAAAGCUCAAGGGUGAGGAGGGCAAGGGUUUCCGCACGCUGUUUGGAAUCAAGAAGAGGCAGCUACCCGACGGAUCCGAGCCCCCGCGACGGACAUUCCUGCCUUACCGACAGCUGCUUCGCGAGGCUGUUGUGCUCGGCUUCACUGACUCUCAGAUCGGCUUGGGCUAUCUGGGUGGCUUUGUGGCACGCGCAUCGACCGUGGCAAUCUCUGCCUUUGUUCCUCUGUUUGUCAAUUCCUUCUACAAGGACCUGCCCGGCGGCGAUACCCCCGAGUUCCAGAGGAAGGCGUACAUACUGGCCUCUAUCCUGACCGGAGUCGCGCAGCUGUUUGCUCUUAUCUUUGCUCCUGUGUUUGGCUAUGUUUCGAGCCGCAGCCGUCGCAUCAACUAUCCCAUCGCUGUUGCGACCGUCUUCGGUGUCAUUGGUUAUGCCAUUUUCCCCAACCUCUCGACCCCGGAGGUUUCGAAUGUAGAGGGUCGAGGCGGGUCCGGAGGCAUCUUCAUCAUUGUUGCCUUGAUAGGCAUCAGCCAGAUCGGCGCCAUCGUCUGCAGCUUGGGCUCCCUGGGCAAAGGCGUGCUGGCGGCAGACCCUCACAAGAAGGGCACCCUGCCCUUGCCGGUGGGCGAGGCCUCAGUCGUCCAGGCAGAAGCAGCUGCCGAGGCUGGAGAGGGCGCACCGCUUCUUAACAAUGGCAACGGUAAUGGAAACAAAUCGCAACCCCAGUGCACCAGGGUCCUGCUCAAGGGCACCAUCGCUGGUGUAUACUCGUGGUGUGGCGGUGCGGCCAUCUUACUGCUCACAAAGCUCGGCGGCUAUCUCUUUGAUGUGUCGUCGAGGGGAGCGCCUUUCUACAUGAUGGCGUUCUUCAAUCUUAUUCUGCUUGUUGCGACACUUGGCGUGGACGUGGUACGCCUCGCCAAGCAGAAACGAUCUAAGAAUUGACCAUGUCGAUAAUGUCGAUGGAUAUGGUGGAAGAGAGGCAAUUCAUCUUUUGGUUUCUUCCUUGUGGCUUGGUUAUUAUGCACGUACAUUACAGAGGAAGGAGCAAAGACAACUCGGUUGGGAGUAACAUGCGAAUACCAGAUAGAUUUCACUUCCCUCAUAUUCCCUUUCUACAUUCGGCUCAGUCUUGACUUCAAAUUUCCUGCCACAUAAACACGUCUCAAACACAUACAUACAGAUUACCAUAGCCAGCUGAAGUCUUCCAUUAGUCUUCCCUUGGGGUUGCGAUGUGGUACUUGGCUCCCUGACCAUCUGUACAGUUAAACUGGAUUACAGCACGAAUCACCCAAGCUUUCCCAUGGUUCUCAA